AUCCGUGGGGUUUGGCUACUCUGAUGAGGCACAUGAAGAGUCCCGGGUGUCCCCUCCCCUCGAUCUCCAAUAUCACGCACAAGGAUGAGUACGUCGAUAUUGCUCAUCACAUGGGUCAGCUGGCUGGAGCUAUUAACAGAGCUCAAUUCAAGUUUGAGGACGCUGUACACAAUGCUCCUAGCGCUGAGGAAUUAGCCCAGGUCACUGAGUUGGUCAAGGCCAACAAGACUGAGCUCAACCAGACUCGGGCUCUGAUCUCGGAUCUCCAAGCCGAGGUGAAGAGACUUGGCUCUAAGUGUGAUGCUCAGCAAGGGACGAUCGAGAGCCAGCUGAUUGACCUCCAGGUGAAGAAUAGGAAGAUUGGGGAGUUGGAUGCUGCCCGGAAGAUAGCCGAGUAUCAAGUCAAGGAGCUGAUCUCCACAUCCCAGAACAGCCAGAAGAACAAGGAAGCUGAGGUCAGGCUAGCCGUCCGGAGGGGAAAGAAGGAGGUAGCUGAAGCCUACAACAAGAUUCUGGUUAUUGUCAAGGAGAAGUUCUCCAAGAAGAAAGAUGAAGUUGACCUCCUGGUUCAUGCCCAAGAGAUUCAAGCCAACACCGAGCUCCUGAAGGACAUACUGGAUGGUGAGAUUAAGAGUACUCAAGAUGAGUAUGAUAACUUGGUGGCGCUAAUGCCGGAAGCUGUUGCGGCGUACGAGAAGGCUCAGGUUUCGGACUUCUCGAUUGGCAAGCUCCCUCUUCCCCAACUCUCUGAGAGUUCAGGUACUUUCGAGAUUAAUAUGUUUAACCUCUCCUUUUCCGGAGAGUUCGGUUCUAAUUUGGGAUUGGUGGGUUCUUACUCAGCCCCAGUCGAAACCGCCUCUGGAGGUAGCGACAAGGAGAUGGAGGAGGUUCCUGAGGAGGAAGAUCCAGCUGGCAAGGGAGCUGAGAAGAGCUCGGAUGACAAGGAAGUUUAAGAACUGAUGCUCUUUCGUGUUUUCUAGGAUUUCUGCCCGAUGGGCUUUGUUUUCAUUUGUUUCUCAAACUUAUAGCCUGAGGAGGCUUUUAAACCUUUAUCUGUUGCAUUUUGAAUCUUUGGUUAGCCUGG